AUGAUAGAAAUCACCGAAGAGUCCCAAAAUCGUGAAUCACAAAAGCGACCAGUUAUAAUUGAUGAAAUUAGAAACUAUGUUAAAGCACGAUGGGUUUCAGCUCCUGAAGCAGCUUGGAGAAUUCUAGGAUUCAAAAUGAAUGGAAUGAAUCUGGCUGUUAUGCACUUACAAGUGCAUUUAUCUAACCAGCAACGAAUGUUUUUUGACAAAAAUAGCAACUUAGUAGAAGUGGUCACAUCAGAGCGUGAAAGGUAUUAUCUUCGACUAUUAUUAAUGAAAGUAAAAGGAGCUAGAAAUUUUGAAGAGCUUAAAACUGUUGAUGGCAUUAUAUAUUCCACCUUCAAAGAGAGCAUACAACAUAGAGGGUUUCUUGAAAAUAAUAAUGAAUAUCAGUUUUGCAUAUCUGAAGCUAGAGAAUUUCAGAUGCCUAACCAAUUACGCAAUCUUUUUGCGACCUUAUUAAUUUUUGGAAACAUUGUGAACGUAUCUCAAUUAUGGAAUGAAAAUUUCAAUGCAAUGGCUGAGGAUUUUAUAUACAAUAGAGUUUUAGAUGGUCAAUUUAAAGUGCAGGCUGUUCUUCAAAGCCUAAAUUCGAUAUUGCAAAGGUAUUCAAAAAGUGUUAGUGAUUUUGAUUUACUGGAAUUAUUACAUUUCAAUGUUGGGAAAUUGUCAAGAAUACAUCUUGAGGAAUUAAAUUACCAGAUUUUUCCAGAAGACCUGGCCAAAGCAGAUACUUUAAACGAAGGUUAG